AUGGAGUAUGUCUUGCUUUCAAGAUCAGGUGUUGCUGUUGCAGAUGCAUCUUUAGGUGCUUUCAACGACUUGAAGUUGGGUAAGAAGUACAAGUUUAUCAUCUUCAAAUUGAACGACUCCAAGACCGAAAUUGUGGUGGAAGAAACAAGUACUGAACAAGAUUAUGAUGCUUUCUUGGAAAAGUUACCUGAAAAUGAUUGUAAGUAUGCCAUUUAUGAUUUCGAAUAUGAAAUCGGUAAUGGUGAAGGUAAGAGAUCCAAGAUUGUUUUCUUUACCUGGUCUCCAGACACUGCCCCAAUCAGAGCUAAGAUGGUUUAUGCUUCAUCAAAGGAUGCUUUGAGAAAGGCUUUAAAUGGUAUCUCUACUGAUAUUCAAGGUACUGACUUUUCUGAAGUUGCCUAUGAAUCUGUCUUAGAAACUGUUAGCAGAGGUGCUGGUUCUCAUUAA